GCUGGGAGCGGAGCGAGCGGCCGGAGGCGAGGGCGCGAUGGCGCGGAGCCCGGGACGCCCGUGCGCCCUGCUGCUUCUCCUGAUCUGCUUUACCUUUGGGAAUGGACUUCACUUUGAGGCCUUAAACACAAGAAAUGAAAAUAAGUCACCUCCUCAGCGGGCUCACUUAGUGCGGCAGAAGCGGGCCUGGAUCACGGUCCCCGUGGCUCUUCGGGAGGGAGAAGAUCUGUCCAAAAAGAAUCCAAUCGCCAAGAUACAUUCUGAUCUCGCAGAAGAAAGAGGAGUAAAAAUUACAUACAAAUACACUGGAAAAGGGAUCACAGAGCCACCUUUUGGUAUAUUUGUCUUUAACAAAGACACUGGAGAAUUGAAUGUUACCAGCAUCCUUGACCGAGAAGAAACACCAUAUUUUUUGCUAGUAGGUUAUGCUUUGGAUGAGAGAGGAAACAACCUAGAGAAACCAAUAGAACUUCGCAUUCGAGUUCUUGAUAUCAAUGACAAUGAGCCAGUGUUCACGCAGGACGUCUUCGUUGGGUCUGUUGCAGAGUUGAGUUCAGCACACACACUUGUGAUGAAGAUCAAUGCAACAGACGCAGAUGAGCCCAAUACUAUGAAUUCUAAGAUUUCCUAUAGAAUCGUGUCUCAGGAGCCGGCUUAUCCUUCAGCGUUCUACCUAAACAAAGAUACAGGAGAGAUCUACACAACCAGCGUCACUUUGGACAGAGAGCAACACAGCAGCUAUACUUUGACGGUAGAAGCGAGAGAUGGCAAUGGACAAAUCACGGAUAAGCCAGUAAAACAAGCUCAAGUGCAGAUUCGUAUUUUGGAUGUCAAUGACAACAUACCAGUAGUGGAAAAUGAAAUGUAUGAAGGGGCCGUGGAGGAAAAUCAAGCCAACGUGGAAGUCAUGCGCAUCAAAGUGUUCGACGCAGAUGAAGUCGGCUCCGACAACUGGCUGGCCAACUUCACCUUUGCAUCUGGAAAUGAAGGAGGUUACUUUCACAUAGAAACAGACACUCAAACUAAUGAAGGAAUCGUGACCCUUAUUAAGGAAGUAGACUAUGAAGAAAUGAAGAAUCUUGACUUCAGUAUUAUUGUCACUAAUAAAGCAGCUUUUCACAAAUCAAUUAAGAAUAAAUACAAGCCCACAUCCAUUCCCAUCAAAGUGAAAGUGAAAGAUGUGAAAGAGGGCGUUCGUUUUAAAAGCAGCACAGUCUCCGUCCACGCUAGCGAGACCAUGGACAGAUCAAGCCGAGGCCAAGUCAUCGGGAAAUUUGAACCUUUUGAUGAAGAUACUGGAAAGCCAGUGCGCGUAAAAUAUGCAAUAUUGGAAGACAUAGACAACUGGGUCUAUGUGGAUUCAGUCACAUCGGAAAUUAAACUUGCAAAAAUUCCUGAUUUUGAAUCCAGAUAUGUCAAAAAUGGUACAUACAGUGUAAAGAUUUUGGCUAUAUCAGAAGAUUAUCCAAGAAGAACCAUCACUGGUACUGUCAGAAUCUCUGUUGAAGACACCAAUGACAACUGUCCCACACUAGUGGACCCAGUGCAGACUGUCUGUAAUGACGUACAGUAUGUGAACGUCACCGCAGAGGACCUGGACAGAUUCCCAAACAGUGAGCCCUUCCGCUUCUCUGUCGUUGACAAACCCCCCGGAAUGGCAGAAAAAUGGAAAAUCAUACGCCAAGAAAGUACCAGUGUGCUGCUGCAGCAAAGCCAGCGAAAGCUUGGGAAAAGUGAAAUUCAGUUCCUGAUUUCAGAUAAUCAGGGCUUCAGUUGCCCUGAAAAGCAGGUCCUCACACUCACGGUGUGUGAGUGUCUGGACGGCAGCGGCUGCGUGGAAGCAUUGCACAACUCCUACGUGGGCCUGGGACCUGCAGCGAUUGCACUCAUGAUUUUGGCCCUUCUGCUCUUGCUACUUGUGCCACUCUUAUUGCUGAUGUGCCAUUGUGGAGAGGGCGCCAAAGGCUUCACCGCCAUACCGGGCACGGUGGAGAUGCUGCAUCCUUGGAAUAAUGAAGGAGCGCCGCCUGAAGACAAGGUGGUGCUGCCGCUUCUGGGAGUGGAUCAAGUGGACGGUCUCGCAGUAAGAAACGGAGUUGGAGGUAUAAUCAAGGAAGCCACUGUGAAAGGAAGCAGCUCUGCGUCCUUCACCAAAGGGCAUCACGAGAUGUAUGAGGCAGGGAGAAAAUGGAAAGAGCACAGAAGCCUCCUUUCUGGGGGAGCUACCCAGGUGACAGAGGCCGCUGGAGCUGGCCUGGGUGCUGAAACCAUGCGGACCACGAGAGUCUCAGGGGCUUCCAGAGGCAUGACCGUGACUGGAGCCCAAGCGGCUGCUGUUGCCGUGAACGAGGAAUUCUUAAGAAGUUAUUUCACUGAUAAAGCAGCCUCUUACACUGGGGACGAUGAGACUCACAUGGCCAAAGACUGCCUUCUGGUCUAUUCUCAGGAAGAAACCGACUCCCUCCGUGGUUCCAUCGGCUGCUGCAGUUUUAUUGAAGGGGAGCUAGACGACCUCUUCUUAGAUGAUUUGGGACUGAAAUUUAAGACACUAGCUGAAGUUUGCUUGGGUCAAAAAAUAGAUACAGAUAUGGAAAUUGAGCAGAAGCAAAAACCUGUCGCAGAAACAGGUGUGAACACAGCAUCCCGCUCGCUCUAUGAGCAAACCGUGGCUGAUUCGGGGAAUGCUUACUCCCCUGGCAGUAGCUUUCAGGUUCCAAAAUCUUUGCAUGAAGCAAAUGGGGAGAAGAUAACUCAGGAAAUAGUCACUGAAAAAUCUGUGUCUUCUAAGCAGGUACAAAAGGUAGCUACACCUCUUCCCGAUCCACUGGUUUCUAAUGAUAUUAUAGUAACAGAAACUUCCUAUGCCACAGGCUCCACCGUGCCACCGAGCACUGUGAUCUUGGAUCCCAGACAGCCACGGAGCCUAAUAGUGACAGAGAGGGUGUACGCGCCAGCCUCUGGUUUGGUAGAUUAUGCUAACGAAGGCAAAGUCGUGGUCACAGAAAGAGUAAUCCAGCCUAACGGGGGCAUACCUAACCCUCUGGAAGGCACCCAGCACCUGCAAGACGCACAGUACGUCAUGGUGAGAGAGAGAGAGAGGGUCCUUGCCCCCAGCUCGGGUGUGCAGCCCACUCUGGCUGUGCCCAAUAUAGCAGUAGGACAGAACGUGACAGUGACAGAGAGAGUGCUAGCCCCUGCUUCCACUCUGCAAUCCAGUUACCAAAUUCCUGUAGAAGAUUCUGUGAAGGUCCAAGAGACCCUGGUUUCUGGAGCUGUAGCCCCUGGCCCUCUGCCAAAUUUUGGGUUAGAGGAAUCUGGUCAUUCUAAUUCGACCAUGACUACAUCUUCCACCAGAGUCACCAGGCACAGCACCGUACAGCAUUCGUACUCCUAGACAGCACCCAGCCGCAAACGACCCCGAGUUUAACUAGCAGGGACUGAUUUCAUGUUUCCAGUAUGCCUGGCUUUUCCUGAGUCUUAACAGACAUGCAGAGACACACACACAGCUUAAAAUUGUUCUCGGUUACUGAUAUGCAAACGGCUACCCUGCCUCUGCUCCCAUGAAUGUGUUUCCGAGAAGCUGGGUGAUUUACUCAGGACGUGAGGAGGAUGCUAUUUCUUAGGCGCCUUUUAGUGAUUUAUGCACACCAUAGUCACAAAACAAAAUAAAUAGAGAAUGGAUCUGGCUUCUGAGAACAUACCAAAUUAGCACAGUUACCAGUUCACCAGCCAUCCAGUGGAGAACCCAGGAAACUGAUCGGGUCUCUGGACAUGAACAUUUCAUAUUGAUAUUGUAUGCUCUAUACUUGACAAGUUGUUUAUCCAAAGAUGCAUGUGCAAUCUGGGUUUCCAGUUUUGUUGAUUUUCCUUAAGACUGGAACCUUUUUAAGCCUGUGUGAGGUUGAUUAAAUUUUGGAAUGCUGACGUGGUAACAACACAUAUCUGUGUUUCUGUGCACACAAGUGCGUGUGUGUAUAUGCAGAUGCUUAUUCUUUAUGGUCUUAAAAUAGCAUUAUACCUCCUCAUUUCAACAAUCGUGAAAAUUUUGAACACUUCAAAUUCAGUUGCAUCAUCCAGGACAACAUUCAUAAUUGUAAAAUAAGUUUAUUUUUUAUAAUAAUAUGCCAUGAAUAAACCAACUCAGAAUCCACUGUCUUCUAAAUAGCUAAAAUUUAGUGCAGCUAAAUUAACAAACUGCAUUCUCUACUAUAGUAGGAAUCAGACCUACUUCACUGCGAUAGACCCUCAGUGCCUCACAAUAUUUGAUGAAGUAAACCGAGUUGCACAAACCGUUCUCUUUCUACAGUUGCCAAAAAUAUCAAAAGACGCCAAUCACUGUAAUUCUGUGUGUGAAACUAUGAUUGCAUUCUGAUGUCUCCAACGUACUGACUGGCUCACGUAACUAGUAAAUAUUCUAAAAACCUCAAAUGAUUGACCUGAUUUUGCACAACACCCUUGCCUUUCCUUCAUAGAAAUUAUUUUUUUACAAGUUAUGUGGGUCGUGUAGCUCCUCAGUAGAUCACAUUUUACUGCUCCCAGAAAUAAUAAUGUUUCAAGAUAAUAUGUGCAUAUCAGUAAUAAUUUUUAUAACUAUUUCCCA